AUGGCAGACACAGUACAGAUCCCCAAGACCCAACGUGCCGCAGUCCUCGAGGAUUUUGCUAAGCCUUACGCCGUCAAGACCGACUACCCUGUGAAGCAGCCUUCCGAACUUGCGCCUAACGAAUGUCUUAUCAAGCUCGAAUAUUCGGGCGUCUGCCACUCAGAUUUGCAUAUCCGGAACGCAGAUUGGACGAACCAGAUAGGCCUUCCGCUCGUUGGUGGGCAUGAGGGGAUUGGUCGCGUGGUAGCUAUUGGUGAUCACAGCGGAGACGCUGUCAAGGUGGGAGAUCGCGUUGGCGUUAAGUGGAUUGGGAAGGUUUGUGGAAGGUGCGAAAUGUGCCGUAGAGGCCAUGAAUCGAGUUGCCCUGUGAGCUUCCAAGCAAAUCAUGGCUACAGAGUCGACGGCACCUUCCAGGAAUACGUGGUAUCUUUCGCCAAUUACGUCACCCCUAUUCCCGAAGAUAUUGAUGGCGCCUCUGCCACACCCAUCCUCUGCGCUGGAUUGACCGUCUAUAAAGCACUCAAGCAGACAAACCUUGGGGUAGGUCAAUGGGUUGCAGUUUCAGGUGCUGGAGGUGGUCUUGGGCAUCUAGGAAUCCAAUACGCCGUGGCGAUGGGUCUGCGAGUAUUGGCGAUCGAUACCGGAGAAACAAAGAAGAAACUCUGCCUCGAACUCGGAGCUGAGAAAUGGGUAGACUUUAUGGAGUCUCAGGACCUUGUCAAGGACGUGCAGGCAGCGACAGACGGGUUGGGUCCCGAGGCCGCUGUUAUCGCAGCGGGAGAUGCCAGGCCAUUCAAUCAAGCUGUGAUGUAUCUUCGUCCCAAGGGUACUCUGGUCUGCGUUGGCAUGCCCGCGAAUAGUGCGCUCUUAAGCAUACCCAUCGCGCUUUUGAUUGCCAAAGCGUUGACGAUUGUUGGAUCAGCUAUUGGGUCUCAGCAGGACACGACUGAGGCCCUCAGAAUGGCAGCCCUCGGGAAGGUAAAGUGCCGUCAUGAGCUGAGGAAGCUGGAGGAUAUCAAUAGCAUAUUCGACGACCUGGCAGCUGGCAAAAUCGCCGGGAGGAUCGUCAUUCGCUUUUAG